CCCCCUGCAAUACGUAAACAUUCGUCAGAUAUAGGAUUUAUUUUAUUAUAUUUAAAUAAACAUAUUCCAAUUAAAAGCAAUAGUUAUUUAUGUUUAAUUUAUUUUUGGUGUUUUCAUAACAUGGGUGAGUUUUGUUUGUAAACAAAUUGAAGAUAAAUUAUUGUGAACAUUUGAAACACGAAAAAAAUCUGUGAAAAACAACCCGAAAAGAAGAAAAAAUGUUGUCACAAAUAUUACGAAAUGGAAAAUUGAUAAAUACACGGCUGAUUUCUCCAGUAAUGUUUAGUACAACACGCAACUUCAGAUCAUCAGCAUAUCUCAUUGAAGGCAAUAAAUCUUCCACAGCAUCGGAUAACAAGAAAAACUCAAAUAUGAGCGAUGAGUUCAAGAACAAUCUUAAGGAAAGAUUAACACCAUUACAGUAUCAUGUAACUCAAGAAGCUGGGACAGAGAGACCUUAUUCAGGAAAAUAUAACAAAUUUUACGAGACAGGAACUUAUGUCUGUGUAGUUUGUAAGCAAGAAUUGUUCAGUUCCGACACAAAAUACGACUCAGGUUGCGGAUGGCCAGCAUUUUAUGAUGUACUUGAAAAAGGCAGGGUAACACUUCACAACGACCCUUCAUUAGAUUGUUUUACAUCAUGUCAAGGUCAUGUAUUUGGAGACGGGCCUAAGCCAACCGGCAAACGAUUUUGCAUCAACUCAGCAUCGAUUGAAUUCAUGGAAGCAGGAAGUGAACGUCAUGAUAACUAA